AUGUUUUCGGACAUUCAAUAUGUUCUAUCCUAUGCAAUGGGGCCACCAUUACUGAUGGCCGUAUUUGGAAUGCUUACUAUAUCAAAUGUUGGAAAAAUUCGUCGACAUAUAGUUCCUAGUCAAGGUGUCCCCAAUAUAAAAAUCAGAAAGAAAGAUAUUCAAUUAAUGAUAAUGUUAUUUUGUCAAGUUACUCUUAUUCUUAUAUUUACAAGUCCAUUUGGCAUCCAGAAAUUGUAUGACACAUUUACAUUGAAUAAUGUUAAAACUAGUUUGAAAGUUGCUCAAGAUAAUUUUGCAACACAGUUUAUACGUUUAGUAUCUUAUAUUGAACAUGUCUUUGGAUUUUAUUUUUAUACAUUAUCAUCAAGAACAUUUCGUAAUGAAUUCUUAAGAUUAAUUGAUAUCUGUCUAAGAUUCAUCUAUGGUGCCGAACAUAGAAAUUUCGCAAUGGGCAAUACAAUGAUGUCACAAACAAAUAAUAAUACGAUCAAUGAACAACAGAAAAGAUAUCUUACAGCGUUCAGUGCCACUUGA